UAAUUAGAUCUUCGUUUCUUGAUCGCUCAAUAAAUUUUCCAAAUAAUCCUGUUAUUGAGAGGGAGUGUUUACUGAUAAGUUGCCUAGAGAGGAACCUGGGUCAAACUAGAGCUGGAACUGAAAUAGACAAAUUUGCUGUGGUUUUGAACUGUUGGAAAAAAAGCGAUGAUAUGGAAACCUACGCUAUCGACUAUUUGGAUCUCUUUUCACAGCCGGUUCCAACGUUACAAACUGUAGAUAUAUGGUAUUUUGCCGUACAUUUUGCUAAAGAAUUUGGUUGGAACCCCAAACCGGAAACCUUCUUAUGUGGGACUUUUCCCUCUGAAUUCUCGAUCUAUUUAUCGCUGUUAGGCAUUGCCUACCCGAAGCACGGUAUUAUCGUCGACAGUAGCGAGUUUUUGGUCAAUGUUCAAAACUGGAGGCUGCUCUUCCAGUCUUAUAGCUAUCCCGAGCACAAAAUAUUUACUUUGGAUAAUAGAAACUUUGUUAUUAUGGCUGCUAAUAUCCGGCUGUACUUCUAUUUUCAGGCUCGGGAGCAGUUGAAAUUAAUUUUUGAGAAAGUAGAGUCGAGUUUAAUUACGAAUUUACCUGCGCAAAGGACUUCGAGAAAACCGCUUUUAAGUUUACUCGGGGAGGGGAGUAAAGGGCGAAUUAGUGAACUUACCGUUUCUGCUGACGAAGCGAAGUUGAAUUCUGCGUUUGCUGGGCGUUAUUGUAUAUUCUUAGGGCAGUUAUCUUACAGCACUACAGUAAAGAUAAUCAAAGCCUUUUUUGUUAAACACGGAAUAAGUGGAGUUGUUGAUGUCCGUCUUCUUACUGAUAAAGCAACAGGGAAGUCAAGAGGCAUGGCACUUGUAGAUUUCGACUCUGAAGCGAGCUUCUACUCCGCCUUGAAACUGCACCGCACCCCUCUUGACGGUCGGCUCGUCAUCAUGGGGUCGUCUGCCAUGGGACUUAAAACUGCCAACGAGUGGAUGCGCCCCAAAAAAAUUUCUGAUCCUGAAUAUAAAGUAGAAAAGCUUAUCAAGAAAUAUAUUGCUUUUGGGAAAAUAAGAAAGUGUUAUUUCGACGGACAUUUAAAGACUUUUUUGAAAACUGUUCCUUUUGCUUCCGCUCGCUCUGUUUUGGAAGAAAUUGCUUCUUCGAACUUGACAAAAGUUAUUGAUUCUGGAGCCUACAUAAUGAGUAUUAUAAAGAGGCAUUGCUCCAGCGCAGAACCACUCAACGAGGGCUUAUCACUCAGCAGCUAUAAAAAGUUGGAUAAUACUGCUUUCGAUGAUGGUGGCGGGAACAAGAAAAAUACGGAGUCGCUAAAGGAUCCCUCGGAAACUAUCAACACCCGGAAAUUUAAUAAUCAAAUUCAUAUUUGCCGUAAGAGAAAACACAUGAAAGUGAAGUAUGGCUAUUAG